AUGCAAACCCUGUUCCAUAUCACGCACGGCAAUUUUGAAUCUGUUCCUUCAUCUCCGUCGACAGAGGAAUUAUACCGCAUCCUUGUGUUGGCGGACAAAUACGCCCUAUCUCGGAAGCUCGGCCCCUGGGUUUCGCGAUGGCUCAAGGCUAUACGAGACAGAUCGGAAGAAGAGGUCAGGACAGAAGAAAGAGUGUGGAUAAUGCGUAUUGGCUGGAACUUGGGUGUUGACAAGUUGUAUUUGAUGCAGUUGAAAGACUUCAUUCUUCGGGCUUGUUUUGUCCCAGCUCCUGCUGAAUCCAAUCAGGUCGAGCAAAUUGGGAACGAGGAAGCAGCUACAACAAAAGAGGAAGGAUCAGAACGGCAGACUAGGUCUGGAGACACCAGCCAAUCCCAAAACGAGGAAAUCAAAGAGCGGUUGCUUAGAACCGAGGACGACAACUGA